AAAGUAUCAAUUACAUAUUCGGCCUGACCGAAAGCCAGAAAUGUUUCAUUGCUGUAACCUACCUUCUUGCUCUCUGGAAAUUACAUGGAGCUAGACUCUGGUAAGAUACACUGACUUUAUAAAUAAAACUAAACUAACUUUAUUUCUCCUGGAUAGCUCUAUCAGGUCUAAACUAUUCUCCGUAUGGGUUAAGUGAGGGCCAAAGAGGAAACCAGGGUACCUGGAAACGAUCUGUGGGGUUUGGCACUCGUCUUGCAUGCGACGAAAUUUGAUCAGCUAACUGCAUCUUGCACUGGAAAUUGAACCUCUGUCUCAGAAGUGGAGGGCAUAUGCACUGAUUAUUUCCUUUCUACUAUUCCUACAGGCCGAUCAUCUUCAAAGUUAUCUGCAAGUUGUUUGGUAAACCUAAGAGAGCAAUACUUCGAAAGAUCUCCACAAAUCCAUCUGAGAAAACCAUCCAUGUCCAGAAUGACAUAGCACGUGAUGAGCAUGUGAACACUGACGAUUUAACUACCGACUCAUCGUGCGAAAGUCAUGUGACUGCUGAUGAAGAAACAACCGACUCAUAUGAUAGUCACGUGGAGAGUGAUGAAGAGUCCACUGACUUAUCAUGUGAGGAACACGUGGACACUGACUACGACAGCGUUACAACCAGUAGCAGUGUUGAUGAUCUACCAACAGCCACACCCAACAACCAGACCAUUCCACCCACUACCAUCCCAACACAGUUGAAACUCUCUCUCAGUUUCAACAGUUCGGACAGUUUAUUCGAGGAGAGCUGUGAUGAAGAUUUCCCAGACGAAUUCUUCGUAUUUCCAAGCGACUGUGGUAACAUCGGAUUGAUACUGGGUGACGAGGACUGGGAAAAAAUAGAACUUGACUCAAGUCAGGAGUCUUUGAUUUCGGAUGAUGGUGGUACUGCUAGUACCGGUAUAGAGUCAGGACAGAGUUAUGAUGUGGCCUGUGAUGUAGAUAGCGGAGCUUCUUCUCACAGUUCUUGUCAUAGCCCUGUUCCUAAGGAGGUGGUAUCCUGCUUGAGUUGUAGUUCUGAUGGAGACCCAGUCACCGUGGCAACAACAAGUGGUUGUAAUGGCUGGAUUGAAGAAAGUCAUCAAGAGAAUGGUGAUAUGAACUGUGGUAACCAUGGUAAUGUUGACCAAUGGAUUCUGGGAUGUCGUGACAGUAACAACCAUACACCAUCUAAUGGUUGUACCAGCAAUGUCAAUUAUGGUGAUGAAUCGACCGACAGCAGCUUGUACGAUUGUGAUCUGACCAGUGAAGGUUUAUACGAGGAUAGCUUGGAGCUCUACCCAGGUUUGUGUAAACAUUGCUUCACCAUAUUAUCCCACCGCCACACAAUCCCUAACCAAACGAUCGCCAGACCACGCGACUGACAGACCACCUGAUUACCUACCUACCCAACUAAGUAACUAAAUACUAACUUACUAACAAACUAUACUAAAUACUAAUGUGCUCUUAUUAACUCUAAUCAGUUAUUUUCAUUUCAUGAAGGUGAAUAUGCUGAACAUGGAAUCAGUUUGCAGCGAUCAGAAUCUGAAAGUGACAUUCGUAUUGAAGUCUACAACAACAUUGAACCAGAAAAUCUGCCAGUUGGUGAUAUCAAUAGAUGGCUGUCAGCACACAAUGAAAAUGAAAUCGUCGAAGAAAAUAUCAUGGACACGACAUUGGAACAACGUGUGAAAAACCACGUUGUUGCUGCAGCUAUCGUUGCUGGGACAUUUGUACUGCCCUGUUUUAUUGCGGGCAAACUCUUGAAAUAA